CGAGUGAAGGGAGGUCCUGUGACGUUCAGUUGCCAAAAGCGGAAUACAACGCGAAGGCCACAAAAGCGAUGGAACGAGCAGAGAAGACGGAAACACAAGACGACCUGUAACAUGACGACCACCUUAUUGUCCUCCUGAGUCCAUUGCAUCUGUUGCACGUACGGUCAACAGUGCACUGACCGACGAUGCAAGACACGCUAUCAUGGGGUUGGCCCCAUGGCAAGAGGGAUCGCGUCGGCUUGUCCACAGGCCCUAUCCGGAAUCGUGGAGGCUUGUGCGAGGCAGCGGCAAGGGCAUGAGGAGGAAUAUUGGGCCAAGUGCCUGGGCUGGUCAAUUGAAGAAAUGCGAUUCGCUCGUCGAUCCGAGACAGACAGGCCGAGGACCGUGAGUGGCGCGUGGCUGGCCGAGAGCAGUCUAAAUAGUGUCAAACAUUUGGCACAACGAUCUUGCAGCUUGUUCAGCCAAAAACAAGAGUCAUCAGGCAGGAGCGAGUGUCACACAGAUGUUUGUGAUUGGGCUACAAUACGGCUAUGCUACAGGCAUCUGAGCGUCAAGUUAGCAGACAAGCCAGGAGUGAAUAUUAGGGAAGAGAGAGAUCCGUGUCAGACAAAAUAUAAUGAUUCCGGAUAGACGAUAUCCUCAAAGCAUAGCUCGGAAGAGGGAGUCUUUUUUGUCAUCAAGGAAUG